GUGCAUAUUUGCCAAACCUGCUUGUACACUCAGCAAAACAGGUGGCCUCACUGGAGGAACUGCCAAACACCGCCGGUUGAAAUUCUGCCUGCUUUCGUUCCAGCUUUCCUGAUGAAUUCACUGCGGUGAACAUCCUCCAAAGCCGGACCGUGUGUUGCAGCGAUGACCCAGUUCCAGACUCUGGAGCAGGCCCUGGGGGAAGUUGUGUGCACGUUUCAACGCUACUGCCGGAAAGAAGGAGACCGCAACACGCUUAGCAAAGCCGAGCUUCAGAACCUCCUGCAGACCGAAAUGCCCAGCUUGCAAACGCUGGAAAUCAAAGGCCCGGCUUUGGAAGAGCUGCUCACCCUGCUGGACACUGAUCAAGACGGCCAGGUCACCUUUGAGGAGUACAUCCGUUUCGUGGCGGCCGCCUUCACUUUCUUCCAUCUGCACUUCCGGGAUGCUCCCGUGGUCCAACCACGGAUCUAAGCGGCAGGGGGGGCGGGACGAUUACGGAUGGCAUCCCUACAAAGAGCACCCCAAGAUGGCCACCCCCCUGGAGAAAGCCCUGGACACCAUGGUGGUCACCUUCCACAAAUAUUCCCAGAAGGAAGGAGACCAGUUCAAACUCAACAACACGGAACUGAAGGAGCUCCUGAAACAGGAGCUGCCCGGAUUCAUCAGCAAGAAAAAAGACGAAUCGACGUUUCAAAAAAUUAUGAGCAACUUGGAUUCCAACAAGGACAACCAGGUGGAUUUCCAGGAAUACGCCACCUUCCUCGCCUGCAUCGCCAUGGCGUGCAAUGAUUUUUUCCAUGCAUUCCCGGACAAAAUGCCCCGGCAGAAAUGAAGGGCGUGCAAAAUCGAGAGUGGGCCAAGCGUGCAAACAAAGCGGGCAGAGUGCACAGGUGUGUGUAAGGUCUCAUCGGCUUCCCCCCCCUCCUGCCCCCCCUAGCGUUCGGUUGGUGCCGCAGCUUCUGAAUCGGGGGUGAGGAGAAUUGCAGUUGCCUCUCUCUCUCACACACACACCCGACAACAAAAUAAAAGUCUGCUUUAAAAAAAAAAA